GUGCUAGUUGGGAACGCAGAAAGGAAGACGCCAUUUUGAAACAGUGAAAACCAAGCUAGCUACCCGGUUUCGUGAAAAAAUUGCGUGAUCGCUGUUUGUGGUUUGUCUUGACGUGCGUUUUUAGUGAUACACUAUAAUCUAGCUUGAUUGCUUUGUGUGCCGGUACGAUUUGUGCAUCCAACCCAGAACCCCAAACCGUAAGUGAAGGAUCGGUUGCCAAGUGAAAACUUACAUAAAAGAAUGAUGGAUAUGUCCGGUCCACCUAGGGGUGGGUAUCGUGGUCGUGGCGGGCCACCACGCGGUGGAUACAGUGAUCGGGGAGGUUCACCAUUUCCAUUCAGAGGCCGUGGCCGUGGAGGAGGACCGCCAAUGGGUCCUCGCAUGGGCAUGGGAGGCGGCGGUCCUCCAAUGAUGCGGGGACGCGGGGGAAUGAUGCGUGGUGGAGGGCCACCAAGAGGGAUGGGCGGUCCACCUAGGGGUGGUGGUCCACCAAUGUCUCGUGGUGGCCCGUACGGUGGUGGUGGCGGCGGUGGUGGUCGUCCAAUGGGUCGCUCCAAUUAUGGUGGUCCAUCGUCUUCCGUUUCGAACGGAUCGGGACCACCGGCCGCUAUUGCACAACAAGCCGAGAACGGCGACGGUGGUAAAGUGCCGGAAACAAAUGGUGCAGCUAAAGCCGUCUCGACAACUACGGCCGGUGGUUCAGGUACUGGACAGAGUGGUGGCACUGGGGGUGGUUCUGGCAAUUCGGGCUCUGGUUCUGCUCAAGGAGGGGCAACCGGUGGUUCCGAGGCUGAGCAUAUGUCGCCCAAGCAAUCGAUUAAAACGGCCGAUUCAAGCAGCUUGGCAGCUGCGUCACAAGAAUCAUCGAUACAAUCCACACACUCGUCGGCUCCGUAUCAUUCGUCACCGCGUGGAAUGUCCCGCGGACGUGGUGGAUUCAUGUCGCGUGGAAUGGGCCGGGGUCGGGGCGGCGGAGGAGGAGGCGGUUACGGUGGCGGUGACUAUGGUGGCCCAAGACCGUUCCGUGGUGGAAUGGGAGGCGGUCGUGGACGUGGUGGUGGCGGUUAUGGUGGUGGUGGAGGCGGUUAUGGCGGAGGUGGCAUGUCUGGCGGUGGAUACGGCGGUGGUGGUGGUGGUGGUGGAGGUAUGGGAGGUGGUGGCGGUGGCGGAGGAUAUGGCAAUGCACCACCCUCUUCGUACAAUCCGAUGGGUGGUUAUGGACAGAACAAUGGUGGUCCGGGAGGUGGUGGCUACGGUCAGGGACCUCCCCCGCCGCGCCAGUUCGAUUCACGACAACCAUCGAACCCGUCCGCUGUGCCACCCAUCAACAAACGUGGUGGCAUUCCGGGUGUAGGUGGACCACCAGGCCCUAAACGUGGUCGGUACGAUCCGGGUCCACCAAGCCGUGCACUGCCGCCGAAAGCCAUGCCGCCACAUCAUGGUUCAGCUGCACCCGUUCCUUCGUACAGUGCUCCACCGCAACCGAUGGCAAAUCACGGCGGUUACAGCGAUCCGAACGCGCAUGCUCCACAAAUGGAGCAUCAGUACACGCACACAGCAACGGCCAAUACUGGGGGCUAUGGUAACGCGGCCGCCCCACAAACCGGCUACGCUAGCAACGGCUACAGCCAAGGCUCGUACGGUAAUACGACGAUGGCCAGCACUGGAUAUCCCAGCACGGGCACCGAAUACGACACAACACACUAUGAUUACAGCAACACGGCCACGUAUGAUACACGCUAUCAGUCUGGCUAUACGCAGGACUAUAGCCAAACGUACGGCACUACCGCGGAUUACAGUGCCGUGUCGACGGACACGUAUGCCAGCCAGCAGUAUGACGAUCGCACCACUGCCUACAGUGGUUACGACGCGCAAGCGUAUUCGCAGGGCUACGCCAAAACCGAUCAGUACGCACACAGCGGUUACUAUUAAACACACGGCAAAACGAGAGAGCGAGAAAGCAAAAGCUAAAAUUCAAAAAA